AUGUUCUCUUGGACGGUGGGUCUGACCGUGGCGUCGGUGGAGGCCGCCCUGCCCACCACGUCCAAUUUCUACGAGCGGUGCAUCAUGAGAGACUCGGCGGGCGCGCAGGGCUACAUCCCCCUGCAGAUCUACUAUCUCGUGCCUCUGGCGAUGCUGUCUCUGGUAGUGGUCAUCGGAUGCUACCUGAUGAUUGUGAGAGCUGUAAGAACCCACGUGAAAAGACGAGCUCGAACAAAACAGCCAAUCAUCGUGGUACAGGAGGUGGAUGGAGGAUCUGCCCCCAACUACGGCGCCAUCUGCCCGGCGGAGGCCUCCUCGUACGAGCCGCCCGUCGCCAGCGUCUGCACGCCGUCUGACUUCCCGUACUCGGGAGCGGAGGAGGAGCCUGGAGAGGAGACGCUGUACCUGGCACCCGUUAACUCACAGUCCCUGUCCUCUCAGUUAACGGAUAGCUCUCCUCUCCCAUCGCCCCACGAACCGACCAGCGCUACCCUGUCCAUACCACAGAAGCCACCAAGUCCACCCAACUCCUGCUACUCCAGCUCUCCCUGCACCCCAAGCGUCUCGGCAGACCGCCCAGACCCGGACAACAACGUCACUUCUGACAAGGAAGCGACUAGAAAGGACAGUGUGACGUACCGCAUGACUCCUCCUAAGGAUGAGGAAGAAAUAGAUGUGGAGAGUUGCCUUCGUCGAAGUAGUGUUGAAGACAUGAUCCUCAAACAGGCGGGGAAGUUCCCAAAAUCCAACUUCCUGACCGUCCCGGGGAUGCCUACAAUAACGCCGAAAAGACGAAAGUCUGUAACCGCCAACCCGCUGGCUGCUCCAGUCAACAGCGAAACAGCAGAGUCAAACAGCAUCUCGAACGACUCGAACGACGGUGUCCCCAGCCUGAACGAAAUGAACGGAUCUUCAUCAGACAUCUGCUUUGCUGUACCAGUACCAGAUCAAACAGGUAGAUCCACUCAAACGGCUGAAAAUGAAACUACAAUAGAAAUAUCCACCAAUAUAGAGACAGAUACCCUCUGUGUGCCAACUUCUCCCAUUGCCAACAACUACCUUGUUGUUGCUAGCCCUGUUGAAAUAUGUAAAGCACCAUCCGAUAAUUGUUUACAAAGUGUAGACCCCAACAAUGGCAAUGGUCUGGCUGUGUCAAAAGCAAACAACACUGUUAGUGUACCUCAUUUUAAGAGAACGUCAUCGCCAGGUCCAGACGAGGAGGACAGAAUUCUUCUGACAAAACUGAGAGAACCUCCGAAACCGUCACAAGGAAACAUCUUGCCUGUUCCUACCGCGCAGGACUGUAUACCCUCUCCAGUAGCAGACGAACACAACAAAUUAACGACUCUUGCCGAGGUGCCUAAGGCUUUACCAGAAGUUGUGUCGUCACCUCGCUCUCCUGUUGCUUCACCUAUGCGGACAAGGAGGAAAGGAGUAACGUCACUUCCCCCGGAGUUUAAAGCUAGGAAAAAAUCAGACGAUUACCUGGUGGUGCCAUCCGUUGACGUUGAAUUUGAACGUCGACCAAGUGCACCACAGCUCGUACCUUUCACAGGUCGGUUUUUAGCAGUCCCUCCCAUCAACAUUGCAAAGGAGAGGCGAGUGAGUGCCCCAAGCUACUCACCUGAUACUUCUGAAAAGUCAUCAAAGCCUCAUCGAGAAUCUAUUGCCUGUUCGAACCCUACAAGUAAGGCUCAGGUUGAUAAAAGUUUGAAGAAGCCUAAGAGAGAAUCUAUUGCUGUUUCGACUCCACGAUGGAAGACCAGCCUGAGAAGCCUUCUGAGCUUACGUAGUAGUCACGAGGAGGGAGUCAUUGAAGAAGAGGAGGAAGAGGAAGAGGAGAAAGAAAAUGAUUGUGAGAACAUUGAGCCCGAACCUGACAACCAGGGUGAACAGAAAAAUUGCCAAAUGAUGCCGGCUAAAAGAAGGAUAAGUUGGAAUCUUCCGAUGGACCAGUGUAGCAGUGAAGAGAACAGUUCACAAGGUGGAGAAGAUAUUUCCACGUCCGCCGAAGGGUCAGUUACAGUUGACAUCGACGGUGAAUGCGUCCGGUAUCACCGGUCAGAUAACAUAGCCGGUGACGAUGUCAGCUUACGAGAAGACUCGGGCAUCCACAUGCCAGCGGACGCUAACCACGUCAUCAGUACCCUCCCUGUCGCGCCAAGUGAGGGAGGCAGGGACUUGUACCUCUCCGUACCUCGCCGUAAAGCCAAACGUGUCAUAUCUCGUGAGCGUUUGUCCACGAUAUCUUUCUCCUCUGACAGAUCAUUGUCCAAGGUCUCUACGGUUUCACAAGCUUCGAGUUACAGUGGCGAGUAUAGGUCACGAUCACGGACAGCCACCAUGGACCGGUCAGCGGCCAGACGGUCAGUGUACAUUGUCCUGACGUUUGUACUGGCUUGGAUACCCUUACCUGUCAUUAUUUUAGUAGGGACCUUCGAAAAAUUCGUAAACGACCCGCAGAUUUCUGAUGCGGAGACGAUUGCCUAUGCGCUGAUGAUGGCAUCUAGAAUGCUGCAUCCCAUCCUGUACGCUUGUUUCAACAAAGGGUUCAGAACUGAAUUCAAACGAAUAAUAAAAGUUAUGGUAUGUAGACCAACAGCGCCUCAAGGAAUCGACAAUUAAAUAUUGUGAUAUUGUCGAUGAUAUGGUAAUAUCGCGAUAUCUUGCGAUACUUUGCUGACACCGAGUUAAUGAAAUCUCUAGACCUCUGGUCAAAUAAUUAUGCCUGGUGCAGCAAACUGGGAUACGGUAAAGCGUACGUACACAUAAG